GGAGCCAAUGUGAGCGUGUGUGUGAGUGAGACUGAGAGUGAGCGAGUGUGUCUGCGCUGCAGUGUCUGCUUCUGCUGUUGGCUCAGUCUGAAGGACCAGUCUGCUACUAAGCGUGAGAGCGGCCAGAGACGCAGCAGUUGCCGAGCUCAGGAGAGAAGCUCCAAGCGCACUCAGCCAGACUCACACGCUGAUUUACCAUCCAGCCAUUCUGGUGACUGCGUGCGCGGCUUUGUCCAGUGAACGCACCUCUGUAGUGAGAAGCAACAGUAGAAGCAACACCUCUCUCCACGCUGCUUCUCAAUAAUACGAACUUGUGGUGAAGGCGCAGGCAUGGCACACUUCGGCGCACUGUGCUUGUACUUUCUGACGCUCCUUAUCCCUGCGGUGAGAAGCGGCAGCGGCGGCACCGCUGAAGACAUAGACGUGUUGGUGUUUUUGCCCCAAAACAACUCCUAUCUGUUUUCACGCGCCAGAGUCGCUCCGGCGAUCUUUUACGCACAGCGGGCUCUCGCUGCAGACGCCGGACCUUACUCCGGCUUCCACUUCAACAUCCACUUUGAGAACUCCGACUGUGUCAACGGGGCGGUGUUGAAGCUGGUGGACAGGUCGUGCGGCCACAAGCCAGACCUGAUCCUGGGGCCGGUGUGCGAGUACGAGGCGGCGCCGGUGGUCAGGCUGGCGUCUCACUGGAACAUCCCCGUCAUCUCGGCAGGUGCUCUGGCCCUCGGCUUCCACGCCAAAAAGGGAGAGUUCUCUCACCUGACGCGCAUCGCUCCGUCCUACGAGAAGAUGGCAGAGACCUUCGUGGCGAUGUUCGAGCACUUCGCCUGGGGGAGCGCGCUGCUGCUCUACGAAGACGACAAAGCGGAGCGCAACUGCUACUUUACCAUUGAGGGGGUCUUCAACCUGUUUGGCCACUUUAAUAUCAGGACCUACUCCUUUUCCGUGGAGGAGCACCUGGACACUGAGAGCAUCCUGGAGAGCAUGAACGACAUUGAAGUGGUCAUCAUGUGUUUGGGAGCCGACGGAAUACGAGAGGUCAUGCUGGCAGCACACAGACGGGGCCUGACCAAUGGCAGUUAUAUGUUCUUUAAUGUUGAACUCUUCAAUGCCUCGUCCUACGGAAACGGGACAUGGAAGAGAGGAGAUAAAUACGACAACGAUGCGAGACAGGCCUACGCUUCCCUGAACACAUUGACGCUGCUCAGGUCAAUCAAGCCCGAGUUUGAGAACUUCACUAUGGAAAUGAGACAGUCCAGUGAAAAACCAGAACUUAGCAACUGCAAGGACUGUGAAAGUGUCAACAUGUUUGUUGAGGGAUUCCAUGAUGCCAUGUUGCUGUAUGCCAUCGCUUUACAUGAGGCCAUGAAGAGUGGAUACAGUAAGAAGAACGGAACAGCGAUCACUUCUCGCAUGUGGAACAGGACAUUUGAAGGAAUUGCUGGCCAAGUGUCCAUAGAUAUAAAUGGAGACAGAAACGGAGAUUUCUCCCUGAUGUCCAUGACGGAUGUUGAGGCAGGAACCUAUGAAAUGGUGGCCAACUAUUAUGCUGAAAAUAAAUCUUUUGUGAAGCUGCCAGCCUUCAACGACGAACAUUUUACUUUGAAAGGAUCACCUAUAUCACAGCCAGAGAUGACAGACAAAUCAUGUGGGCUAGGAGUGUCAGCGCUGACCGGAGUCAUAGUGGGAGCUGUGCUGGGAACAGCUAUGCUUAUAGGAUUCUACUUUUUCAGAAAGAACUACAGGAUCACUGUCGAGCGUCGCUCCCGCAUUGAGGAGAGCAACACAGGGAAGCACCGUCAGCUCCGAGAAGACUCCAUCAGGUCGAACUUCUCAGCGGCGUAACCAGCGUUCUUGGCUAGCUCUGACUUAGCGGAGCAUCACACAUGUGAAUGUGACCAAAGACUGAGAUUUUAUGUGUUUGUAUCCUUCUGUGUUUUGACUUCUUGUAACUCAGGACAGUUGUAAAACAGUCACAAAGCACCACUUACUUUGGACUUGUAAGUUCCUCCAUACAAAGGUAUAUGAUUGUAAUGGUGUAUAGACAGCUUUGGCCAUAUGGAUCUUUGAAUAAGGAUGGUUGACAUGACUGUGAACGAUUCAGGACAGACAGUGUGUGUGGGUUUUUGUGUGUGUGUGUAUGUGUGUGUUUGUGUUAACAUGCACAACACGGAUGGUGAUGUCUACUGUACUUUUGCCUUUCAGGUUAAUGCACAGAGGCUUGAUGUUUAGGUGAGUGAUUGCAGAAAAAAAUGGCAGAGCAAAACUUGAUAUAGCUGGAGUUAACUGAUGAAAAUUGAUAUAGGCCAGAUCUAUAUCUACAUGUAUAGGCUAUAAGCUACUGAUAUUAAGCUACUGAUGUAAUGUUUUCACUUCACCUUGGUAAACUACCAGCAGCCUCCAUCAAACCCAGUUUAUUUUCUUCACAUCACUGCUGAUUCUUUUACCACUUGAGAUCAAGGCAGAAGCAGACAUUCUGUUUCUAUGUUAUUCUUUCAUAAAUACACAAUAAAACUGUGGUACUGCUCUCUGUAUAAUUUUAGAACUCCCUGUCUAUUAAUAAAUACAAAUGCUGGGUUUCCCUAUAAAUUUGGUAAACAGGAGAGUGAGCAAUUUUCAUGAAUUUCCAAACUUUCUAAAUCUGUUGACAAUGAAGCAUCUAAUGUGUUUCUGUGAUCUUGGUGGUUUCCCCGACUCACCUCACCAACAGAGGACAUUGAAGCUAAGACUAAAUGUUGAUUUCAUUUCCUGUAACUCUGGAUGUUGGUUGUAUUCCAGCUUUAACUCCACUUGUUGAGCAGAUUGUUGCUUAAAUUCCUUUUUUUAAUGAUAAAAGAUUUUUUAUGCCGAGUUUUUCUUUUUUUAAUAUAUAUUUAAUUUUAAUACAAUUUUCCCAUAAUGAACAAAUUGGUCUAGCCAAUUUUUGGUUCAUUCUGUUCUCAUUUUUAAAGUCAUUUUUCUCAAAGAAGUGAUUUAAUUAAUCAGCAGCCACAUUCCUUCAGUCUUUGUAUCCCUUUUUUUCUUUUUUUAUUACCUUUUUACCCCCUUUUUCUUGAAGCCCUCAGCAUCCCCAAUUUCAUUUUAUGAAGAAAGAAACUUUUUUUUAUGAAAUAUGGCUUGUGAUCUAGUAUGCAGGGGGCAAUGAAGGCCCAUGAAAACAGUUUAUGACUGGCUCCACAUUCUAAUCUUCUUCCUGCCCCAUUUCCCAUCCACGGUAAAUCCCAGUAGGUUACCCAGUCCCAGUGAGGCGUGUAGGAAGAUCAUCCAGUGUAAAAGCGCUUUAAUAUUAACUAAUUAUGUGAUUUAAUUAUUACCAUUAUAUUCAUUUUGAGAAAGUGGAGUAGAGACUUUUACCCAUGGAUAUUUAUGUGUGAUACAGUAUACUUUAUGAAAAGCAGAGACUGCAGAAAGGCCAUAAUUUUCCCUUGCUUCAUCAGUGAGGUUUAGAUUUGUAUAAAGGUCUCUGUCAGUGACAUUCUUGAGCAGAGUCUAAGGACAGGGGUUUUUUUUAGAAACAAAAUAAUGUCAGUGAACUUGUUAAAUAAACUCAGAACGUCUGCUGGGUCACUUUGUGUAGUGACAGUAAACAGACAGUAAUACACCAACAGCAGCAGUGUCAGUAAGGAGCACCACAUGCACUUCCUUUAUGUAACCAUCUGUAUAAUGUUACUAUAAUGACUUUUGUUAUCUGGUAAGGUAUAGUGACCUUAAUGUAUUUAAAUUAUUUCCUGUUAUUUAUAACACCAGUAUUUCAAAAACCUGUUUUCCUCUGGAUUUUCAAUUAAACGUCCUCCUAUUGGG